UGCGCUACAUACUAGCUGGCCCUCUCUUCUGCUCUGACGGUCCGAGUGAUGGGGCGUCAGGCUUCUGAAUACAGGCCUGACACGAUAUUACACUCCUGGCAGCUGACUGGUUGGCACUGGUCAAAAUGCAACGGAAAAUGAUUAGAUUAUGGAUUCUGCUGUGCUCAGGACAAUUUUUUUCUUGUUAUUCGUUAAUUUCUCGAGACUCGACAACGCUUCUCAGAACAGCAGGCCUUCAUCUACCUUCGGUUCUAAUAAUGGUGAAUACAAUGUUACCUUGGCAAUUGAUAUGGGAGCAAUGCAACGACUUCGGUACCAUUCUUUCUGUUUCGAACAACUCUUUCGGCCACUUGUGGUAUCGGCCCUUGAGUUAACCGCUUCGGACAGUUUCCCUACUUCUGGCCCGACUGGGGUCACCUGGAUGGCGCAGUAGCAAUCGGUCUUCCACAUGUGA